UCCUCAUUCAGAACUAUCCGUGGUGCUGAACACGAUUCGCUCUGACGUUGAUACACUGUCACGUUGUGUGUUGUGCUGGCUUUAGCUGUAUGGUACAGUCAGCCUCCUACAUGUCUUACAUGUAAGUCAUUACAGAGAAAAGCUGUGGGCAACAUGCCUGGUAUUCGUGUUGGGGCUUUCGUGGUUUCACACAAAGAAAAGUAGGAAGAAGGAGAGAGACAAGGGGAGAGAGAAAUAGAUAGUUGUCAGGAAAUAUCUGGCUAAUUUUCUAAGGGGGCAUCAUUGAUUUUGGCAUUGUAUCCUGGUCUGCCUUGAGCGCUUCGAGAGGAUGGAGACGAUGGAGUCCAUGGAACCCAUAUCUGCGCACUACACCACGGCAUACCCGGAGAUCCACCCCGAUAGCGCCUAUGGAUCUACGGAAGGGGAGGAGAACCACUCACCGUCUGGCCCCCCAGCUCUUUCAUACGACGAAGAAUUAAUGCACAAGACUAUCCUGGUGGGGGAUAGUGGAGUGGGUAAGACGUCUCUUCUGGUCCAGUUUGACCAGGGCAAGUUCAUCCCUGGAUCCUUCUCUGCUACUGUUGGCAUCUGCUUCACGAACAAGGUGGUGACUGUAGACAACGUGAAGGUAAAACUACAGAUGUGGGACACUGCAGGCCAGGAGCGGUUCAGGAGUGUGACACAUGCCUAUUACAGGGACGCCCAUGCCCUACUCCUUUUAUACGACAUCACCAGCAAAUCCUCCUUUGACAACAUACGGGCGUGGCUUACAGAGAUUCAUGAGUAUGCACAGAGGGAUGUAGUCAUCAUGUUGCUGGGCAACAAGGCAGACAUGGCCAGUGAAAGAGUGAUCAGGAGAGACGAAGGAGAGAAGCUGGCCAGGGAGUAUUCUGUUCCUUUCAUGGAGACAAGUGCCAAGACUGGGGUGAACGUUGAUCUGGCUUUCAUUGCAGUGGCAAAGGAGCUGAAGCACAGGGCAGUACAUGGCCAGCAGCCCAACGAGCCCAAGUUCCAGAUUCAUGAGUACAUUGAGUCUCAGAAGGAAAAGUCUGGUUGCUGUAGCUACUUCUGAUGCAGAUACCUUUUUCUCUCACCUCUGACUCUAUACUCCCCCGAUCAGCAUCAGCUCUGCCAGGUACAAUCAAGGGGAGUGAAGAGGUGCCAUCUAAGUAGUACACAGCAAGGAACUUACAGGGAGGGAAGUACAUCAACUAAUCAGCUUCGGAUGAGUGUGGGAGAAUUGGCUUUGAGGUUUUUGUAUUUAUCUUUUACACAAAUACAGAAAUGCCAUAGAAAUAUUUUCCCCCUUUUACAAGGAAGAGCUGUCUCAAGAUUAACACAUUUCCCCUAGGACCCAUGAUACUGUGUUAUCAUUCAAAUGCAGUGCCAUGCAUGUGUCACAAGGUGGAAAGUGUUGGGUUCUAACAACGUUUUCAAACAUUUAUUUUCUAUGGCAUGGUUUUCUCCACAUAAAUUGCAAUCAAAGUUUAAGCAUGUUCUCCGUUAAAAUUCUUACUUCAAUUCCAUAAUUAUUUUCCAUACUUCUUAGCAUGCACUUUUACUUUUAACUUUAAAACCCAUGCUAGUUACAACCACAGAUAUACAAACCAAACAAAACAAAAAGGGUCCCAGGAAGUGAUAGAGCCCAGGAGGCAGGUGUCUAUUUUUUCAAGAGCUCAAUUUCAGCUUGACCAAACUCAAUUAGCAAUGUGCUCUCACCAAUCAAAGCCAUAACACGUUCUGGCACAACCUGGGACCCACCAUGCUUCCAGACAACAUUCACUUCCUGUGAGCAGCUGCCUGGAACACAAAAACAAAUGGGUUUAAAUACAGCAUUCAAAAGCAUAUGAUGUGUUAAUCAACCAACACAAAUGCUUCCAUGCAAAUAACUCACACCUGCUUUCAGAUAUAUAAUAAUACAAUUUCAUAAUAUUAGGCUGCUGAAGUUAUUUCAGGUUGUCAAUUUUAAUAUGAACUUGAGUAUUUUAUUCAGAAUAUUACAAUAUGUUAUUUACCUGGUCAGUAGUUUCUUGUGAGAAUGCCAAAUGUUGUAUUUGAUGUAUGCUGCAUGAAAAUUAUAUUUUCUAAAAUGUUUUGUAUUUGUCUCUCACUUCACUGGGAAUAUUGUGUGUGUGUGUGAGAGAGAGAAAUUGAGAGAGAGAGAGAGAGAGGGAACGCUCAAAGUUGGUACACACCGCCAGAGGGCAGUGUCUUUUAAUUUAUGUUCUGUUAUUCCCUGAAGGGCCGAAGGCAUCAUGGUCAAAUGUAAAACAAUGAAUGUAAUGUUCUUAUAUUCACAAUUGUGUGCUACAUUGAACUUAGAAGGGUUUUAUAGUUGACCUAUUUUCAUGAGAUUUGUUUUUAUUCUUUCAGGAACAAAGAAACGUGUUAUCAGUUUGGAUUAAGUCUAUGGAUGAGGAAUCAUGAAGAAGCUUUGCAUUCACAUAAAUAGCCAUAGCCUAUUGAUGACAGUGUCUAUAUCAUAGAGAUCCUAUUAAAUUAAUUAUAACAAUGGCAACAGCAAACAUGUCGUCCCACACAAAUAAUGCAGCACCCCCUUGGGCCAAUCAGUGUAAUUUUGUAAAUGACAGAUCUCUAUGUCAAGACGUAUUAUUCACCUAAGUUUCAUCAAAAUCGAGCCAGUGGUGUCUGAGAUAUCGCGUGUGACUAAUGUACUUACAGUUGAUUACUAUGACUCCCCCCCCUCCCUUGGGCCCAUCAGCGUAAUUUUGUAGAUGAUGGAAUUUUAUGGCAAGAUGCAUCAUUCACCCAGUCUUCAUCAAAACUGGGCCAGUGGUGUCUGAGAUAUUGUGUGGGUUAGCUAAACUUAUAUGCCUGACCAUGUAUGCCAAAUUUAAGCACUCUAAGUCAAACAGAUCAAGAGAUAUAAACAUGCCCGUUAUAAUGCCACCGUGAAGUCGAUAGGAAUGUUCUUGCAUAU